AAAUCCAAAAUCGAGGAGACUCGGGAACGUCAAUUCCACGAGGACCUUAAAUUAGAUGAUAAAAUCACGUGUUCCCAAACUUCCAAUCCCAAGCUCCUCUAUACUUUCCAAAACCUCUAUUCCAAUUCAAUUUCAACACGCUACAUUAGUGUUAAUCCCUUGCGCAAUCAUUUCUAGACUUUCCACAAUCUCAUCACAUCUAAUUCCUCCCACCACUUCUCGCCUCAGCUCCUCUCGAACACCAAAUUAUCGUGAUUCGGCUUUAAUAAUAUAGUAUAUUUCCUUACAAUUAGAAGCAUAAACUACAUGUGGAUGUGCAUACUUUCACUUUGCGCCUUUUGUGAUAAUGGCAGCAUCCACUUCCCUACUACUGUUGCGGGAAGUAAAUGCUCGUUGUACCUAUAAUGGACGACGACAUAAAAGCCAGUACAAGGGAGCAAUUAAGAAGGAUCCUUUCCAUUUAUUCAGCAUCACUCUUUCCUCCCAUGCUUCGUUACAAGAUGCUUGGAGUAUUCAUCUAGUGAACUCUGUUCAACGACAUCAAAGUCCUGUACUUUCUAGAUAUAAUGUCUUCUUUUGCCGGUCCACUCUUACACCAUCUAAAGGACAUGAAAUUCCUCUUGUGAAAACAAUUGCCGAGCUGACAAGGUCAUGCAAUGCUUUUCCUCAAGGGUCUCUUGUGCUUCAGUUAAUACCAGCAAUUGGUGUUCUUGCUUUUGCUGCAUGGGGACUUGUUCCACUGGUUAGAUUAUGCCUAGUUCUUUUCCAGAAAAAAGAUAUUACUUGGAAAAAUAGUAGCGCACACUAUGUUUUGACUUCGUAUGUUCGACCUUUGCUUCUAUGGUCUGGUGCAGCACUCAUUUGCAGAGUAUUGGAUCCUGUCAUUCUACCUUCAGUAGCAAGCCAGGCCGUCAAGCAAAGACUUCUAAAUUUUGUACAAUCAUUAUCUGCUGUGCUGGCUUUCGCCUAUUGUUUUUCAAGCUUGAUUCAACAAACACAGAAGUUUUUCACGGAGACAAAAGAUUUUAGUGAUGAAAGAGAUAUGGGUUUUGAAUUUGCUGGAAAAGCUGUUUAUACUGCUGUAUGGGUUGCUGGCGUUUCAUUGUUUAUGGAGUUGCUCGGGUUCUCUACACAAAAAUGGCUCACUGCCGGGGGGCUUGGCACUGUGUUGAUCACUCUUGCUGGACGUGAGAUCUUUACAAAUUUUCUUUCAAGUGUAAUGAUCCAUGCAUCAAGACCAUUUGUACUAAAUGAAUGGAUUCAGACAAAAAUUGGGGGCUACGAAGUUUCUGGUACAGUUGAGCAUAUAGGCUGGUGGUCGCCAACAAUUAUAAGAGCUGAUGAUCGGGAAGCAGUUCACAUUCCAAACCAUAAAUUCACUGUGAAUGUCGUGAGGAAUCUUACUCAAAAAACUCAUUGGCGCGUCAAAACUCACCUCGCUAUUAGUCACCUGGAUGUCAACAAGAUAAAUAACAUAGUAGCAGAUAUGCGCAAGGUUUUGGCUAAAAAUCCACAAGUAGAGCAGCAAAAAUUGCAUCGACGAAUAUUUUUAGACAAUAUUGAUCCAGAAAAUCAAGCCCUUCGAAUUAUGGUGUCUUGCUUUGUAAAAACCUCACGCUUUGAAGAGUACAUGUGUGUCAAGGAAGCUAUAUUGCUAGAUCUCCUUAGAGUUAUCAGUCAUCAUCAUGCCCGCCUUGCUACGCCUAUUCGUACAGUGCUGAAAACAUAUGGUGAGGCUGAAGCAGAACGUUCACCAUUUUCUGACUUGUACACACGUCCCAGAGCUGCUGCAAACCCCCCAUUCCUGCUAAUUGAGCCUUCUAAAAUCAACAGUGAUGAGAAAAGUAAGGUUUCAGCUCAGUCAGACUCGAACCUAGACAUCAAGGACGGAUCAGGUCUAAAUAAUUUGGAAACAGAUGUUAAGGAUGCAUCAGCAUCUCCCUCUUCUUCCAACCCGCACAUAAAGGUUAACGAAGUAGCACCAUCAAAUAGUGAGAUCUUAACUGCUACACCUGUGGAAUCCCUGUCGGAUAAUUCCAAGAAAAGUAUCAAAUAUCCUGGUGAUGUAUUGAGUAGUACUUCAGGAGACCAUGUAUCAUCAGGUGAAUCAUCUUCUGUAAACACUUCUAGUGUUUCUCAAGAACCAGGGAGACAGAAUUCUCCUGCAAAACCCCUAAAGCCAGAUGUCGAGAGGUCUGUUUCUGUAUUAGAAGACAACAUACUACUCGGUGUCGCUUUGGAUGGCUCAAAAAGGACACUCCCAAUUGACGAUGAAGAUAUUUCUCACUCUUCUAUAACCGAGGAACCGAGUGAGCUGGCUACACGACGCAAAGGGAAUGGCACUACAACCCUGAGCAAAGGAAACAAAGAUGAUCCGACGCCUUCGCGCACCACAGAUCAGCUGGAGAAAGAUUGACAGAACACAAUCAAUAUCCGGAAGCGCAGAGUGGUGAUCUUCCUGUCACACGACAUGCCUGAAACUGAUUUUUAGCAGUGGCAUAUGCAGUAUAUAGGUUUUCUUACAGUUCCUCCCACGUGUAAACAAUAUAUAUUACCAAAUAAUAUGCCUUGUGCAAAAGAUUUGGCAAAUAAUGGGGGAAAAAAUUAUGAUUACAGA